AUGAAUCGCGUGUUCCGACCCUACUUAGACGACUUCGUAAUAGUAUUUAUCGACGACAUUCUGGUCUACUCCCGAGACAGAGAAAAACACGAGAGGCACCUCCAUAUUACCUUACAAACACUAAGGGAGAAGCAGUUAUAUGCCAAAAUCUCCAAAUGCAAGUUCUGGAAAGACAGCGUGGCAUUCCUCGGCCACGUGAUAACCAAGGAAGGAAUCAUGGUGGACCCGACAAAGAUUCGCACAGUUAAAGAAUGUCCUACACCAAAGAUAGUUUCAGAAAUUAGGAGCUUCCUUGGGUUGGCUGGUUAUUAUCGAAGGUUCGUGCCCGCCUUCACCAAAGUGGCUCAACCUAUGACGAGACUAAUGAAGAAGGAAAUUCCAUUCCGGUGGGACACCAGUUGUGCCUUAGUCUUCCAGGAACUAAAAGAAAGGUUGACCACAACCCCGGUUUUGGCACUACCCUGGGGAGUAUAA